UGCAGGCGGGAGGCUCCGGCUCCGGCUCCGGGGUCGGGCAGGGCCACUCGCGUUUCGGCGGCAGCUUCCCUGCCCCGCUGAGGUGGAGCCCCCGGCCGGGUCUGCCCCACCCUCAGCGGGUACCUGGCUGCUGUAACGCCGCGAUGCCAGACCGCGGCGUGGGAGCCGCCAGGGGAUCCUGACUUUUCCCUAACAAAAACCACAAAGAAAGGUUUAGAAGUCAAACAGGGCUUAAUAGAAGAGUUGCGGAAAUGUGUGGACACCUACAAACACCUCUUCAUCUUCUCUGUUGCCAAUAUGAGAAACAACAAGCUGAAGGAUAUCAGAAGUGCCUGGAAGCACAGCAGGAUUUUCUUUGGGAAAAACAAAGUUAUGAUGGUGGCACUGGGACGGGGGCCAGCUGAUGAGUACAAGGAGAACUUACACCAGGUCAGCAAACACCUAAGAGGUGAAGUUGGUCUCCUGUUCACCAAUCGCACCAAAGAAGAAGUGAACGAAUGGUUCUCUCAGUUCAAAGAGGUGGACUUUGCCCGGGCAGGUAACAAGGCAACAUUCACAGUGAGCCUGGACACAGGGCCCCUGGAGCAGUUUCCCCACUCCAUGGAGCCUCAAUUACGGCAGCUGGGAUUGCCAACGGCUUUGAAGAAAGGAGUGGUGACACUGCUUUCCGAUUAUGAAGUCUGCAAGGAAGGGGAUGUUCUGACCCCUGAACAGGCUCGUGUCUUGAAACUCUUUGGCUAUGAGAUGGCAGAGUUUAAAGUGACCAUCAAGUGCAUGUGGCAUUCUGAGACAGGAGACUUCCAGCAGUUGGUGAAAGAGACAAAAGAAACCUCAGAGAUGGAGGAGGAUAACGACGACGAAGAAAAUGGCAACUAACUGAAAGACCUGCUAUCGGACAUGAGACAGUUUGUUCUAUUUCAAGAAUAGGCCACUGAAGCCCAUGGGUACUCCCCCUCUGUUGCAGCAGGACAAAGUUGAUCAACCCACAGACUUGCUAUUUAUCAAAGAUGAUGCAAAUGGCUUAUAUAUAAAAUUAAGUGUAAAUUUUGGA